AGUGCCUUGGCUGGUGCGUGCACUGCCCCGGCGAGGAUGCGGCUGUUCCGGUGGCUGCUGAAGCAGCCGGUGCCCAAGCAGAUUGAGCGCUACUCUCGCUUCUCCCCGUCGCCGCUCUCCAUCAAGCAGUUCCUGGACUUCGGGAGAGACAAUGCGUGUGAAAAAACGUCAUACAUGUUUCUACGGAAGGAGCUUCCUGUGCGCCUGGCUAACACCAUGAGAGAAGUUAAUCUUCUGCCGGAUAAUUUGCUUAACCGCCCUUCAGUGGGAUUGGUCCAGAGUUGGUAUAUGCAGAGCUUCCUUGAACUUUUGGAGUAUGAAAAUAGGAGCCCUGAGGAUCCAAAGGUCUUAGAUAACUUUCUACAAGUUCUUAUUCAAGUCAGAAAUAGACACAAUGAUGUGGUUCCUACAAUGGCACAAGGAGUGAUUGAAUACAAGGAGAAGUUUGGGUUUGAUCCGUUCACUAGCAGUAACAUCCAGUAUUUCCUGGAUCGCUUCUAUACCAACCGCAUCUCCUUCCGCAUGCUUAUUAACCAGCACACGCUUUUGUUUGGUGGUGACACAAAUCCUGCUCAUCCUAAACACAUCGGAAGUAUCGAUCCCACCUGCAACGUGGCUGAUGUCGUGAAAGAUGCGUAUGAAACCGCCAAGAUGUUAUGUGAACAGUAUUACAUGGUAGCUCCUGAGUUGGAAAUUGAAGAAUUCAAUGCCAAAGCUCCAGGCAAACCUAUUCAGGUAGUUUAUGUGCCCUCCCAUCUGUUUCACAUGCUAUUUGAGUUGUUCAAGAACUCAAUGAGAGCAACAGUUGAACUCUAUGAAGACAGAAAAGAGGCCUACCCAGCGGUUAAAACCCUUGUCACUCUGGGUAAAGAAGACUUGUCCAUUAAGAUCAGCGACCUAGGUGGUGGUGUCCCCCUUCGAAAAAUAGAUCGUCUUUUUAACUACAUGUAUUCCACUGCUCCUAGACCAAGCCUGGAGCCUUCAAGAGCUGCCCCUCUGGCUGGAUUUGGUUAUGGCUUGCCAAUUUCUCGUCUGUAUGCUAGAUAUUUCCAAGGAGAUCUAAAACUGUAUUCUAUGGAAGGAGUGGGUACGGAUGCUGUAAUUUAUUUGAAGGCUCUUUCAAGUGAAUCAUUCGAGAGGCUUCCAGUAUUCAAUAAGUCAGCAUGGCGCCAUUACAAGACCACACCUGAAGCAGAUGAUUGGAGCAAUCCCAGCAGAGAGCCCAGAGACGCUUCUAAAUACAAGGCAAAACAAGACAAGAUCAAGACUAAUAGAACUUUCUAGAGAACUGAAUGCUCUGGUCCUCUCUGUGAAGAAAGAUCAUCUUCCGCAAGUCAACCUCUGACCUCCUUUCCUCUACCAACUCUGAGUGUGACACCGUAGUUAUUCCAGUGCUGGACCUUUCCCAGAGAAACUUCCAUGUAGCUACUUCAGAUCUUCCAACUAGCGUAGUAAAUUGAGUACCUUUAUAG